AUGGCGGAUUCGGAAACAUCACAUAAUACAGCAGCUUUCUGGAUUCAAGCUGAUGCUUUGCUUAGAAAGAACUUAACCUAUCAGAAACGAAACAUUAGUGCGAACUGCAGGCUAAUUUCGUUCCCAUUUGUGCUCUGUAUACUCCUUAUUAUCACUCAAAAAUUGGUUGACAAUCAAAUAAGCAAAGCUAGUAAUCAGUGUGGCUGUCAGUGUAUUGAUACAAAUGGAGAUGGAACAUGUGAGAAAGUGUGUGGUGUACAGUUCUCAGAUUUGGAUCAAUCGCCUAGUUGUCCUGUUCCUAGCCCCCCCAAGUGGCCUCCCUUGUUACAGGUUCCAGGUCCUCAAUAUCGUGCCGUCAGAAGUGCUUCGGAUUCUUUCACAGAUUUGCCCGACCAGUCUUGCAGACAAACUGGCAACUGUCCUGUUACUAUUUUUAUCACUGGAUCAAAUCAGACGCUUGGACAAAGUUUGGCUAGCAGUAUGUUCACAAUUGCUCCCCCUCUUAAUUCCACCAACAGCGUGCUGGGUGCAGAUUCAGAAACUAAACAGGAUAAUUUUCUUGAUCCUGCUUUCAUCGAGCUUUCUCUCUACAACAUUCAAAGUCAGUGCUCAACGAAUUCUUCAUUCAAUGUUUCUGUUCCUCUUCCUCUUACUCAGCAAUCAUUCAACUUCCAAAAAGAGGCAAUGUGUGUUCCUAGUCUAAAUUUGUGGCGCAAUAGUUCUUCAGAGAUAAACGACCAGAUAUACAGGGGAUAUGAAAAAGGCAACGCACAGAGGAUGUAUAACGAGAUACUUGGAGCCUAUGAUUUCUUAAACUCCGAUGCGAAUAAUUUUAAUGUGAACGUUUGGUACAAUGCCACUUAUAAGGAUUCUGCAGAUGGGCAAACCUACUUGGUGCGAUUGCCGCGAGCAGUAAAUCUGGUAUCAAAUGCCUUUCUUCAGUUUCGAGGAAGAAUGGUAUUAGAUUUUGUCGCAGAAAUGCCUAAACAUGCAACAAAGCUCAAGCUGGACAUCGCAUCUCUUCUUGGCACUCUCUUCUUUACAUGGGUUGUCAUCCAGCUGUUUCCUGUGGUCUUGACAGCGCUGGUUUAUGAGAAACAACAAAAGUUACGGAUCAUGAUGAAAAUGCAUGGGCUUGGAGAUGGGCCUUAUUGGAUGAUUUCUUAUAUGUAUUUUCUGGCUAUAUCUUCACUAUACAUGUUCGUUUUUGUGAUCUUUGGCUCAAUAGUAGGUUUGAAGUUCUUCACACUGAACGACUACCUCAUCCAAUUUGUGUUUUAUUUUCUCUACAUAAACCUGCAAAUUUCCUUGGCGUUUCUGGUCUCUGCAUUCUUUUCGAACAUCAAGACUGCUACAGUUGUAGGCUAUAUAUGUGUCUUUGGAACUGGGCUUCUAGGUGGCUUUCUUUUCCAGCCCUUCGUUACAGACCCUUCAUUCCCAAAGGGAUGGAUCAUUUUGAUGGAGUUAUAUCCUGGUUUUGCUCUAUAUCGUGGCUUGUAUGAGUUUGCAGAGUAUUCUUUUAGCGGCAACUCUAUGGGUACUGAUGGCAUGAAGUGGGGAAAUUUGAGUGAUAGUGAAAAUGGGAUGAGCGACGUGAUGAUUAUCAUGCUUCUUGAAUGGUUGGCGGUGCUAGCUAUAGCAUAUUAUGUGGAUCAAAUUUUUGCAUCUGGAAGUGGAAAAAAUCCUAAAUAUUUAUUGCAAAAAUUUCGGAAGAAGCGCCCAUCAUCUUUCCGGAAGCCUAGUUUGCGCAGGCAGGAAUCUAAAGUUUUUGUUGAUAUGGAUAAACCUGAUGUUAUUCAGGAGAGGGAGAAGGUUGAGCAAUUACUGCUGGAACCAACUACCAGUCAUGCCAUCGUCUGUGACAGCCUGAGAAAGGUGUAUCCAGGAAGGGACGGAAAUCCAGAAAAAGUGGCAGUGAAAGGAUUAUCUCUUGGCAUACCUCGAGGGGAGUGCUUUGGCAUGCUAGGUCCAAAUGGUGCGGGGAAAACCUCUUUCAUUAGUAUGAUGAUUGGGCUCACAACCCCAUCCUCGGGGACAGCAUAUGUUGAGGGAUUAGACAUACGGACUCAAAUGGAUUGGGUUUAUACCAGCAUGGGCGUGUGCCCGCAGCAUGACCUGCUAUGGGAAACUCUGACGGGAAGAGAACACUUAUUAUUUUAUGGCAGACUUAAGAACCUAAAAGGCGCUGCUUUGAAAAAAGCCGUGGAAGAUUCUCUUAGGAGCGUCAACCUAUUUAACGGAGGUGUUGCUGACAAACAAGCUGGGAAAUACAGUGGAGGUAUGAAGAGAAGGCUUAGUGUUGCCAUAUCACUGAUUGGAGAUCCCAAAGUUGUUUAUAUGGAUGAGCCCAGUACUGGAUUAGAUCCAGCUUCGAGAAGCAAUUUAUGGAACGUUGUGAAGCGUGCGAAGCAAGACCGAGCAAUUAUUCUGACCACUCAUUCAAUGGAAGAGGCAGAGUACCUGUGUGACAGAUUAGGAAUUUUUGUUAGUGGAGGCUUGCAGUGCGUAGGAAACCCAAAAGAGCUGAAGGCUAGAUAUGGUGGAUCUUAUGUGUUCACAAUGACGACAUCCAUAAAUGAUGAGCACGAGGUGGAGCACAUGGCUCGGCGUCUCUCCCCCAAUUCUGAAAGAACAUACCAUAUGGCUGGAACCCAGAAGUUUGAGAUGCCGAAAAAUGAGGUCAGCAUGGCAGAUGUAUUCCACGCAGUUGAGGUUGCAAAAAGCAGGUUCCCAGUUUAUGCUUGGGGUCUCUCUGAUACCACCUUAGAAGAUGUCUUCAUCAAGGUCGCUAACUCAGCCCAGCAAUUCCACACCCUUACGUGA